CAAAUACGUAUCUUCAACGCUGGUUCAGUCGCUCAACGUAGCCCGACGUAUACGCAACAUGUGGUCCAAGAUUGCCAUUGCCGGUGCCCUGACUGUGAUGGGCGGAGUGCUCUAUGUGAGCGUCGUGGAUAACUUCGCGUAUGUGGAUCGCUCUCUGGACGUGGCCAUGCCCAAGGCCAAGCGUCAUGUGGAGCAGGAAUAGGAGCUGCAAGCAGUAGCUGAUGCAGGUGGAGUUCUGGCAGGAAGCAGGAGCAGCGGGGGUAGCGGGAUUACAGUGGAAGUGAGGAUGGGGGGAUGAAGUGAAGUUCUUGCCAAGUGGAUUGCAACUUGUGGAAAGUUACAGUAUUAUUAUGCAACUGGUUCCGAUUUGUUGAUGCAACAAAAUGAACUAGUUCAGCUAACCAACGAAAGAUGUUGCUAUGUAAGCUUGAUUCUGUGCAGUUCCAAAAUGAACUGCAAGCGUGAACCAGCAACAGUGAACAAGUUCUUCAACUUCAAACUUCAGACUUCGGUGCCGAGACGAACAACAGUCGCCGUCAGCGUAAAUUAUGUUUAAUAAUAUUUAAAUUUGUUUUCUAUUCUUUUUUUUUUUAGUUUAUAACUAAAACUAAGUUCCUACAGUAUAAAAACAUGCAUGUUGUAAAUAGAUAAUAAAUGAACGUAUGUUAUAUGAAAAAGGCAAGCGACAGCAUUUG